AUGUAUCCGUUGAUGUGGAAGGUCGCCCUGGAUGUCCUGCCCGCUCAGGCCUCAGCAGUCCCUUGUGAACGCAUUUUCUCGUCAAGUAAAGAGACGGAUUCACUUCGGCGCACAAAUAUGUCAUCGUGGAAGAUUGAAGAACUCCAAGUCCUCAAAUUUGGCUACAGGUCCGACCGCCUCACCUUCAUGGCAGAUUUAAUCAGCAUGGAAAGGGAAUUAUCAGUUCUCGAUCUAUCCGUCUCUGUCGUCGAGGAUCUGAUGUCUCGCAGGAAGCUUGAAGAGUUAGAGAAGUAUGUCGAUGAGUCCUAG